AUGGGCAAGCGAUUGCGCGACGAAGAUGAUGCUCCCACGCCCAGCCAAGAGGACGUCCUGCAGACCGCCUCUUCGCCUGCUAAAAUCAUAGAGCUUGAAGAAGAACAUGUUCAUGCUGACAGCUACAGAAUGCAGUGCUCCCUUCCACCCCAUGACCUUUUGUCCUUCGCGUCGACUCGAGAGUUUGAUGUCCAUUACGCGAAAGAGCAUACUAACCGCUGCUCCUCAUGUGGCAAGAACUUCCCCUCCGCUCAUUACCUUACUUUGCAUAUUGAUGAACACCACAAUCCUGUCAGAGAAGAGCUAGCAGCCCAAGGUGAGAAGACGUACAGCUGCUUUCUGGAAGAUUGCGACAAAGUAUGCUCGACACCACAGAAGAGACGACUACAUCUUAUUGAUAAGCACAUGUUUCCACGGAUCUACGAUUUCCGUAUUAUCGAUCAUGGUAUUGACAAGUCGACCUCGUUGCUUCAAGGAGGGCAACGCCGAAGACUUUCCACAACCACCUCGAUCGGUCGUCAACGUCGAGCUUCAUCAAUCCAAAAAACUGGGAUGGAGCAAGAAGCAACAACUUCUUCGGCGCAUCCUGAUGGUGCAGGAGUUGUUGAGACUACUCGAUAUCCACCCCAAAAGAAUGAGCCUGGCGUAGCUGGGGGUAUCGAUGAGCUGGAAAGCUCCUUUGCUGCACUCAAAUUCGUGCCAUCAAGUGUGCAAGCAAGACAGCGGAACAAAAAGUCGGCAUCUUGA